AUGAAGAUUCCCGCUAGAACUCUGUCGCGUAUUAUAAAACAAAACCUGAAGCUCGGUGCUUAUCGCCGAUAUACAGGACAUGCCCUAAAUCAAUCUUUGCAAUUAAAGAGAGUGGAUCGAUCAAAACGCCUUGUGUCGCGAUACGCAGGAGAAAGGCACAGAAAUAUCCUCUUUACCGAUGAAAAAAUUUUCACGAUUGAAGAACACUACACUAAUCAAAAUGAUAAUGUGUACGCUCACAGUUCUAAAGAAGCUGCUCAAGUUGUCGGAAAGGUAAAACGUGGUCAUCAUCCUGCAUCAGUGAUGGUUUGGUGGGGCGUGUCUUAUCAAGGAGUCACAAAACUAAACUUUUGUGGAAAAGGAGUGAAAACUUCAACCAAAGUAUAUCAAGAUACAGUCUUGGAUCAUGCAGUGAAACCUCUCAGCAAUACAAUUAUUAAAAAUAUACCAUGGACUUUCCAGCAGGACUUUGCACCUUGUCACAAGGCACGAACUACCCAAGGCUGGCUUGAAACCAACGUUCCGGACUUUAUAAGAGUUGAAGACUGGCCCUCAUCUAGCCUAGACCUCAACACUUUAGACUUCAAAUUAUGGUCAGUUUUAGAGGACAUGGCCUGCUCUGAACGACACGGCAGCAUUGAGUCUCUUAAAAAAUCUUUGGAGCAAGCAGUGGCAAAAUUUCUCUUGGAUAGAGUGCGUAAAUCCAUAGAUUCGUGGCCAAACAGAUUAAAGGCCUGUAUAAAAACUAAAGAUGGCCAUUUCGAAUAG